AUGAGAAAGCUUACUUUCGCGAGAUGCCAAUUGAUGAGUAAUAGAAGUGAAAAGGUUAGGAGGCUGGAUAUGAGCGUUGGGAAUCCUUUUGAACCAUUGUUGGCAUUGAGACAGCCCGAUGGUGUUGGAACCGGUGAUAUUUUUGGUGAAGAAGUCGUGGUAGGAGGGCUGGAUCUUUCCUAUGAUGAGAUCGACUUCGAGGACAGCGAGGGCCAAAGUGAGGAUGAGGAUGGUGAUGACGAUGAAUUCGAAUACGAUACGGAUGAGAUAGAUGAUGUUUUCGAGUCGCAAUUACUUAGUGCGCAGCAACAGUGGGAAGAAUCGUUAGAACAGUUGAACAAGGUGCUCAAUUGGGUGCUCUUACCACUCGUAGGCAAGUUUAUGGGAAGAAGGAUGGCCAAAGUGCUGUGGCAGCAUGCAAUGGAAUACCUGUGGAGUUGA